CUUAACUUGGCUGUGAUAAGAGCAGCGAUAACCUAUGUCGAAGAAUCGAUCAGUUCGGCAUACGUCGCUUCUCCCGAUGGAUCGGUGAAAUUCGCUUAUUCGCUUUGGUCCUCGAUAACGAAAGUUCACGAUCACACCGAUUGGAGGAUUUACAUUGAUUAAUCAAUCUCGAUCGAGUCGCGAAUUCAGAGGCGGACAAUCAUGUCGAACGUGCACAGAAGUCUACUGGCUGCGUGCAGCAACGCAUCGAGUUUGAAAUAUUCUCUGAAAUUGGCCCCUGUAAUCGCGAGGAUGGCCUCUAAUCGGGCUACAGAGCAAAUGGUGGUGCCUAAGGAGGAUGUGAUCAGAUUCAUCGCCGAGUGCUUGACCAAGAGUGGCACGACACCUGAGGAUGGUCGAACGGUCGGUCAUCACCUGAUGACCGCCGACUACUGCGGUCAUUUUAGCCACGGAAUGAAUAGAAUGCAAAUGUACGUGCAGGAUAUCAAGGACGAGAUGACAGAUCCUGUGGCCAAGCCGAAGGUCGUCACUGAUUUUCAGGCUAUAGCGCUGGUGGACGGAAACAACGGGCUGGGCCAGGUGGUUGGGAAAUUCUGCAUGGAGAUGGCCAUGGAAAAGGCGAAGAAAUUCGGUAUAGGUAUGGUGUCAGUUCGUGGAUCGAAUCACUACGGUAUCUGCGGUUACUACACGAGAAUGGCGGUGGAGCAAGGCUUGAUAGGCUUCACCUGUACGAACACCAGUCCUCUGAUGGCUCCAACACGCAGCAAGAAAGCUUGUUUAGGCACGAAUCCUCUGUCCUUGGGAAUGAAAGCUGCAGGAGGUGACAGUUUCGUCCUGGAUAUGGCGACGACAGCCGUAGCUCUAGGAAAGAUCGAGCUGGCUAUCAGGAAGGAGGAGCCUAUUCCCGAGGGUUGGGCACUUGGAACUGACGGAAAGCCAACUAGAGACUCCGAGGACGCGUACAAAGCAUCUUUGUUAAUGCCUCUGGGCGGGGAAGAGAAUAAUUCAGGGUACAAGGGUUACGGAUUGGGUCUGAUGGUCGAGGUUCUUUGUGGAGUUCUCUCUGGGAGCGAAUUCGGUUCUAAUAUCAGACAGUGGAAGAACAAGAGCAAAAUUGCUAAUCUCGGCCAGUGUUUCAUGGCCGUCGAUCCGGCGGCGUUUGGUCCUGGAUCGGAGGAGAGAUUGGGUAAACUCUUGCAGCAAUUAAGGGACCUGCCUACCGUCAGUGAUAAGCCUGUUAUAAUCGCUGGGGACCCGGAAAAGGCGUCAAUGGCACGCGUGGACAAAGAGGGUGGCAUCACCUACCAUCCUAAUCAGCUGCAAGCGUCCAAAGAGUUCGCUGAGCUAAUGGGAGUGCAACCUAUGAAACUGAUUGCAAAGAAAGCGGUUUAGGAUAAUUGGACGUUAAAGUGCACCAUUCGUGUUCUUUAGAUAAUUCGUUGUUAUUUUUCUGUCGUUGUUGUUCAUUGACGCACCGGUGAGCACAGUAUUACAUCUUGAUUUCGUCCAUGGCAAGAAGGUGCCUUUAUUCUGAGACAAUGUAUCCACCGCAAGAUCGCCAAAUUCUCAGUACA